UGUUUGAUUGAAAAAUUGCUAAAACGGUAGACUCCAAUUUAACAACCCUUCAAUCCCAUAACAGUAAACCGUCCUUCCUCCCUGGACAAAAACCCUCUACUAGAUAAAGCCUUCAAAUACCCAAGUCUGUACAUAGUCAAUAUUCACGACCAGAUCACCGCAAGGAAAGCUCAACCUUGCGUUAUCCUUGGAUAGCCAACAUAUGCCUUCUAUUGGGAGAUUGGUCUUGAUUUCAAGCUCAAGUGUUUUUUUUUCUAUGGCCAUAAACGUUGAUGAACAAGAAAUAUGAUACAGAUUCUGAUCAUGGCUUUGGCUUAUAAAUUUGUGCAUACUUCGUCCAUGAACAAUUUCUGUUCUUGAUCUAUCAUCCAUUCAUUCAAGAAGUGACACUUUACGCUGUAUAGAUAUUCGCUACCGUCAGUCCAGCCCAAUCUCAAUUUUCAAGCUCUCCCCGCGAACGCCGAGCGGCAUAAAAAGGCGCAUAGCUGAGUUGAGUUGCGAAAAUGGAGGGUGAGUCGAAACCAAGCGACGAGCUAUCUAGAUUCUUCGAUUCCGGCAUUUACCGAUUCCCGAACUCAAAUGCCGUCUUCAUCGACCCAGUUCGCGUGCUCAACCGAUCCUACUCCCGGUUUAAGGUAUCUCCUUCCGCCUACUACUCCCGUUUCUUCGAAUCCAAACACCCCGCUCAAGAAUCCACUCACUCCUCUAAUCCAAAGAAACGAAAACGAAAACCGAAGAAACAAUCUUACUUCCUCAAUGAAAAAGAACAAGCCGCCGAUCAACGCCACCAGGAGGCGAGGCCUUUAUUGUUAAAGGCCCAUGAACUUUUACUUGGAGCGGCUGAUUUUCUAGCGAUUAUGAGCAAAUUAAGGAGCGAUUUUUGUUCUUCGACGGAAUUAUGCGGUGGCGAAGAACAUUCGUUCAUUGAGCUUGGAAGGGUGUGGCAAGCUCCUUUGUAUGAUAUAACUCUCGAUUUUAAACUUAGUCGACUGACAAACCAGAGUGAUAAUAGAGAAAAUCUAAAUGGUGAGCAGAGAGUGCUUCCGAUUUUUAAUAACUUAGUCGUUAAUGACACGCGCGAUGAAAUGGAGGCUGAAUUUCUGAACCGCCAUUAUAUAUUACCCAGAGAGAGUUGCUUCUAUAUGUCCGAUUUGGGGCAGAUUCACAACCUUAUUCCUGCUGAGCCCGAUAGUGGUUUCAAUCUUAUAGUCAUUGAUCCUCCAUGGGAAAACGGAAGUGCUCGUCAGAAAUCAGUCUACCCAACUUUACCACACCGGUAUUUCUUAUCCCUUCCUAUUAAGCAACUUACGCACAGAGAGGGCGCACUUGUGGCCUUAUGGGUGACAAAUAGAGAGAAAUUGCAUAAUGUCGUUGAGAAAGAGCUAUUCCCGGCAUGGGGAGUUAGAUAUUUGUCUACUGUUUACUGGUUCAAGGUGAAAGUAGAUGGCUCAUUGAUCAGUGAUCUUGACCUGUUUCAUCAUCGGCCAUAUGAAUGCCUUCUCCUGGGAUACUGUCAUGGAAAAAUGAUGAAUGAAACAGAUUCAGAAUACCUUUCAGAAUUUAGGUCAGUAAAAGAUAAACAGAUCGUCAUAAGCAUUCCAGGAGGUUACUCAAGGAAGCCCCCAAUUGGAGAAUUACUGUUGGGGCAUGUUCCAGGAGUUAAACCUGCUCGAUGUAUUGAACUAUUUGCUAGAGAAAUGGUAGGUGGUUGGGCAUCCUGGGGCAAUGAACCCCUUCACUUUCAGGAUUCAAGAUAUUUUCGAAGAGAGUGAAUGCAUAACUUAUCCAAUGUAAUGCCAUCUUGUGGGUAUUUACCAGUGGAAAUCUGGAAUUAAGUGUUCUUCUUACUAAGGAACUGCCUUAAACAAACUGCGAAUCUGUUACUCUAGCUGAAAUGCUAAGAUGAAAAGGUUCGGCAGCUGAUGCAGGUGCUUGUUAUAUCAUAUAAGACAAGGCUCCCUAAUUCCCAUGGAUGAUGUCAAUGCCUAUGCCCAAGGGAAUUGGAUUAGGCGUUGCUAGCUCUA